CGAUGAGCAGAAAUUUGUGGUUUUCUGUUCGAUCCGAUCGUUAGGACGGACACAAAACGGAACAAAAUCUCCGGCGGACGGGAGGAUCAUGAUAACUCAGUCCAAACUCGUCGAGCAACUCAGAGAUUACCAGAUCAGAUCACAGCACAAGUGCCCUGCUCUUACCAUCUUCUCCCCCAAAUCAUUCCUCACCACCUGGGCUGAUGUUGCGGUUGCCAUUGUCUGGGCCAUUCUGUUUUGCGCGUUAGUAGUAUCAUCAUACUUGGCCCUUCGUUCAGAGCAUUACUGGAUUUCUCUUUUCAUUUUAUGUCUCAGUGUCUCCCUUACCGUGCGUCUGAGAAUUUUGAGACAGGCAAAUGCAAGGAAGAGAGUUAGGCUCUUACCUUUGUCAAUGUGAACCUUUUAAUUCACCAUUGUUUUCCUAUAAUGCUCAGCUGGACAUUUCAAAACAUGGGAACACAAAGGGGAUUGCUUACCAGGUAGGCUCCAUUAGUGUAGAUUUUUUUUGUUACUGCAUUGUAUGUUUUGCUUUUCUGGGAAAGAAUGCAUUUUGAUGUCUUGUGAAAUUGAAGAGUAUACGACAUUGCUCUCCACAUUAGUGCUGUAUUUAGGUGAGAUAUAUGUUACAAGUAUAAUUUGAUUUUUUAACGGUAUGUAAACCUUUUUCUCCAACGCGAUUUCUCGAAACAUCAAUUACAUUGAUAAUGUUCUUUCACAUCUCUUUAAUGAUUAAUCUUUUACCAUUACACAAUCCAUAUAUUUGGUCAAUGUUAUUCAAUAACAUAAUCGGUACCCCCUUUUAAAAACUAUUUUAUGGUUUGAAUCCCCUAACAUUUGAUUNUUGGAUAAGUAAAGUCCACUAUACUCUUGAGGGGGUAACUUGUGUCAAGCAUCAAGAAUUCAAGCGGGAUUUCAACGUCAGCAGUUUCAUCGAUCACUUGUCCAAGUUUUCCAUCUUUGACUUUGCUUAUCAAUACAGAAAAAGAUUAUGUGUCUCUAUCAGUGCAAGAGCGUGUAGAUAAAUGCAAUCUCAUAUU